AUGUCUCUCAUAUCCAAGGUGAACACCAGCCACGGCCAUCACGAACAUCACCAGCAUGACCUGGUAUCCCAAGAACCCAGGGAGACCUACAAUCCUUUCCAAGCGUUGAAACUCUUCAACAUACUUAUACGCUGUUGGACGCCCAAGAACUCCUGCAAACCGGAACAACGACCACUACUGCUCUCCUCCUCCUCCACCUACUCCAGCAUCUCUCCAUCCUCAUCACCAUCACCACCACCACCCUCCUCCCUGACACAAAAGUACGGCACCUGCACCGAGAUCCUUCACUACGGCUCAUUCAGCUCCGUGCGCCUGUACGCCCACCGACCCAUCUCCAGUCCUACAUCCCCAAAACAACUCCAUGUCGUCAAGGUCUUCCGCCGCUCCUCCAGUCCAACCAUCGCAACCCACCACCGCUUCGAACAAUCCCUCUCCUCCGCCCUCUCCCACCCGAACAUCCUCCGCACCAUCGACACCCUCCUCAACGACCGCGGCGAGCUCUGCCUGGUAACGGAGUACUGCGCCGCCGGCGAUCUGUGCACCCUCAUCGCGACAGCGGGGGCCACGCUCGCGCUCCUCGAGAUAAGCUGCUUCUUCAAACAGAUCAUGCGGGCCAUCGCCUACCUACAUGGCCACGGCCUUGCACACCGCGAUAUCAAACCCGAGAAUAUCCUCCUCACCGUCAACGGGGCGGUGAAGUUGGCGGACUUUGGGAGUGCGGUGUGCCUGCCCCCUGGUGAUCCCUCCGACUCAGAUUCCGAGAUUGGGGAUGAGGUUGGGUCUGCCGGUUCGGUGGCCUACUCCCCGCCCCGGAAACUCCUCGGGACGAUACCCUACAUUGCGCCGGAGGAGCUGUGCGAGGGCAAGCCGUUCGACCCGCGGGCUGGCGAUGUCUGGGCUGCUGGGCUGGUGUAUAUGGCUAUGCGGUGUAGGCGGCUGCUGUGGCGGAUGGCGAGCGAGGAGGAGGAUGGGCGGUACCGGGAGUAUCUUGUUGGGCGGAAGGGGGAGGAAGGGUAUGCGCCUAUUGAAAGGCUGGGAGAGAAGCGCUGUCGCAAUGUGGUGUACGCGAUGCUGGAUCCGAACCCGAGGCGGCGCAUCACGGCGUCGCAGGUGCUCAGGUCUGAGUGGAUGUAUGGGACACUGAUUAAGGGCAUGUGA